GACCGCUGACAAACGGAGAGCAAAGUACAGACCUGACAGCCCCAAAAUGAGCCAGUCACUCGCGUUACUUGGUAGCAUAUUAAACUAUGCUGAUUCUUUUAACUGUUUUGCCGCCAAACAGUGAUUUUUUUUUGUCGCGCGGAUGUUUCUUUGAAGUUGCCACUCGGCGUUUAGUCAGUCGUGUUGUUGAAUAUUAGUGUGCUUCUGUUUGUGACACUUUUCAUCUUUGCUAACUAACUGCUUCAUUUAAACGACGUCAUGAUACCUGAAUGUCCACGCGCCGGGACCUCGAGGAGCCGUACCCGCUUCCAACACAGCCCGAGCCCGGCAGCCGAACCGAGCCAGGGCCGCAGCGUCAGCGGUUUGCUGUCCGAAAUCAAAACCACCAUCCACACCGAACCCUUCACCGACCACUACACCAUCAUCCCCGGGAAGGAGCUCGGAAGGGGAAAAUUUGCUGUGGUCAGAAAGUGUGUGGAAAAAAGCACAGGCAACGAGUACGCCGCAAAGUUCAUGAGGAAGAGACGGAAAGGCCAAGACUGCCGCAUGGACAUCAUCCAUGAGAUCGCAGUGCUGGAGCUGGCCACAGCUAGCCCCCAUGUGAUCAACCUCCACCAGGUCUAUGAGAUGGCUUCUGAGAUGGUGCUGGUCCUGGAGUUUGCGGCUGGAGGUGAGAUCUUCAACCAGUGUGUGUCAGAUCAGGAAGACGAGGCCUUCAGUGAGGAGGACGUGAAGAGGCUCAUGAGGCAGAUCCUGGAGGGAGUCUCCUUCCUCCACCAGAACAAUGUAGUCCACCUGGACCUGAAGCCUCAGAACAUCCUGCUGACCAGCAGCUCUCCUCUGGGAGACAUUAAGAUCGUGGACUUCGGCCUGUCCAGGAUGGUCAGCAGCCAGCAGGAGAUCAGGGAGAUCAUGGGAACUCCGGAGUACGUCGCUCCUGAGAUUCUAAACUAUGAGCCCAUCAGCACAGCAACAGAUAUGUGGAGCACUGGUGUUUUGGCCUAUGUGAUGCUGACGGGGAUCUCUCCGUUCCUGGGCGAGAACAAGCAGGAGACGUUUCUCAACAUCUCCCAGCUCAAUGUGAGCUACACCGAGGAGGAGCUGCAGCAGCUGGACCAGGCCGCCCUGUCCUUCAUCCAAACGCUGCUCUGCAAGCAGCCACAGGAUCGGGCCACAGCUGAGCAGUGUCUCAAACACCCCUGGCUUCAGUCCUCAGAGCCUCAGGAGACCCAGACAGAAGAGCAGAAUCUCCCAGUGGAGAACCAAGGGAAAUCCAGCUCCACCAGCAGCUCCACCAGUAGCCCUGAACCUCCCAGCAGCACCUCCACGGCAGAGGAGGAGGAGGAUGAGGAGGGAGAAGCCCCAGUGACGGAGGAGCUGAUAGUGAUGGCUGCAUACACACUGGGUCAGUGCCGCCAGUCGUCCAGCUCCAGCUCCGAAAAGGAGGCGCUGGCUGCAGAGCAGAAGGCCAUCUCCAAACGCUUCAAGUUUGAGGAGCCUUUCAGCGCCCUGCAGGAGGUCCCUGGAGAGUUCAUCUACUGACCCCCCCCCUUACGACUGGUACUGUCUGAGGAAAGUUAGUGUUGUCACAGUAACAAGAAUAAACCUUGUGAAUAUACCAGUCCCCCUCCAUAUAUUCUGUAUGUUUAUGAUCAGAUGCUGCUGCACAGCCACUCUGAUUUUAUUUAAGCAGUUGGAUUUAAAGUGCAUUUUUAAGGACCUGCACGUUUUUCUCCCAAAAUGCAUCUGCUUGCUUGACACCCACCUUCUCUACCUUCUCACACGGCUGCAGCAGGUUUAUGUCUUGAUUUGGUUUGCUGUUGUGUUUCUCUUUCUCUCUGAGCAACUGGCCAAAUGUAGACAGCGAGACAUUUCCAGAAGUUCAGCUUUUGGUGUUGAAGAGUGAGGUCUUCUUUUUGCAGCUGUCAUCUCAGACCAACUUUGAACAAUUAACCCUUUAACACCUGGAUCAAGAUGAGUUUUUUUGGUGCUG